CACGCUCUCCUCUAAGGUCGCCGAGCAUGCAAGAGAUGCAAGACUACCAUCCCACAUCACGCACCACCAACCAAGGCAUCACCACGAAGCUCAGGGAGCCACUCACCCACACCCCCCCGCUCCGUCCCCCGCCCCCUCCCAACUCCUCAGCCCUUCCGCAUCAUGUGCGUCAUCUACUUCGGCUUCGGCGUCGGCAACUACAACAUAGUAGCAGCAGCCAACCGCGACGAGUACCUCGACCGCCCCGCCACGCGCGCCCACCCGUGGUGCGAGAUCGGACACCCGGGCAUCCUCGCGGGGACCGAUCUCGGAACGGUGCGGGUGCGCGACCCGUUGCAGCCCUCCCGUACCGCUGCACAGACGGCGACGGCGGGUGGGGACAGUACGACUCCGACUCCGGCUACGGCUACGACUGAGGCGGAGAGUCCGCUCCGGAUCCACGGGGCGGGCCACGGGACGUGGAUGGGGCUCAACACGGCGACGGGGACGGUGGCGUUCCUGACGAAUUUCAGGGAGGAGCCGCGGUUGAUGGACCCGCGGGCGUUGUCGAGGGGGGUGUUGGUGCGGGAUGCGCUGAUGUUGGGUGGGGAUACGGAUGCGGAUGCGGAUGCGGGUGGAGAUGGGGCGUCGCCGCUGGAACGCUACGUGCGGCGGGUGCAUGGGGAGAAACAUCUGUACAAUGGGUUCAACCUCGUUGUGGGGCGGAUCGACUCCACAUCGCAUCUCAACGACCAACAACCCCUGGACGCGUGGUACGUCGGCAACCGCGGACCCGCACGUCCCGACCCGCCGCGCCGACUCCGCCGCGGAGUCGUGUACGGGCUUUCGAACGGCGUGCUGGUCGACGGGGUGUCGGAUUGGCCCAAGGUGGAGGUCGGGAAGGGGUUGGUUGGGGAUGCCAUCAAGGAGGUAUGGGAAAAAUUCCCUCUUUUCAUGUUUCUGAUUUCCUCCUUCCUGUGUCAACGGCAUGACUCAGAUAUACUUUACUCCCCCCGCUUUUAUUUUUACAGUCCUCAACACCGAACGAACUGAUCUCCACCCUCCUGACCCACCUCAAGAACACGACCCAAUACCCACCCCACACGCUCCCGGCCAACAUGUACAAUCCGGCCCUCGAGCACGCGUUAUCCUCGAUCUGUAUCCCGCGCGAUCGGUCGCCCGGGGGGAACUAUGGGACCAGGUUGCAUACCGUUGUUGUUGUGCGGCGGGAUGGGAGGGGGGUGUUUGUUGAGGAGGGGGGAGAGGGGACGGGGGAGGGGAGGGUUGAGGUUGAGGUUGAGGUUGGGGGUGUGACGGGAGAGGGGCUGGGAACGGCUGGGGUAGAGUAGUGGUAGAUAGAUGU